CAGGGUAUAUCACACAUCUUGAGAACUGCUGAGGUCAUUUCCACCACCCAGAACUAGAACCUCAGCAGCAAAAUUUAUCGGUUUAGCGGCUAGAGUCGCAGUCUCUGCGUGUUUGAAUACUCCUGUUUGUUGUCGAAACCGUUGAAGCUUUUGUGCGGUUCGAUUCGUUUGAACAAGUCCAACAUCGCUUGCGAUGGAGCUGGGUCGCGAGCCCGCUUAUUUCUCCGCUCCCGGAACCUCCGCCGGCGGUGGUUCUGCAUAUCCUGGCGGUGGUUCCGCGUAUCCUCAACACAGCAUUUGGAGCGACGAGGAAGAUGAGGAAGACUACAUGGCGGACGAAGGCGACGAAGGCGACGACCUUCCCGACUCUAAGAAGCGCAAGCGAGACCGCGGAAGCAACUGGAGCCUGGCGGAAGCGCUCUGGUUCGCGGAAGGCCUCAAGUCGCACCAGCAGAUGCAGGACAGCCUCGGGGAAAACGCGCUCAAGUGGGGAAAAGUCGAGCAGGGCAAAUAUCUCGUGAAAUGGAUGGCGUCGGGGCGCGCUCCCGGGGGUGCGGUGUACCAUCGCUCGGCGCAGUCCUGCAUCAGCCGCCAUUACAACACGAAGCUCCUUUUCCGGAAGAUCUUCCGCUGGCAGCGGCAGGUCCAGCAGGAGCAGCGGCGGCGCCUGCAGAUGGAGGGACGGGCGCCGCCGCCGGGAGAUAACACGCUAGACGCCGUGAAUCCCGGGUACUUUUGGCGGCUGAGCGUCGAGGAGCGCGAGGCGAUCGGCAUGCCGCCGCAUUUCCCGCGGGAGCUUUUCGACCACAUGAUGGAGUGGAUGCCGAUCGCCGUGCACGCGCGGCAGGAGCAGGAGAGGACGCACCAGCAGCCGCAGCCCGGUCAACGCGGGAAUGCCCAGCAACAGCAGCAGCUCGGUCAGCCUGGUCAACGCGGUCAACGCGGGUCAACGAGUCAGCCGCGCGCUGGCGCCGACGGGAAUCAGACUGGACUGUGGGACGUAGGAACUUCGAACCUGCCUGGUGGGCUGCCCUACGUACCUUCGACUACGGAGGAUCCGUAUCUUGUGGCUCUGCGUGACCAGGCGAGUCUUCUGCUCGGGCAGCCCGGGGGGCAAGCGGGAGGGGCAGGCGCUGGCGGGGAAGGCUUGGGAGGGGACGAGGCGGGGAAUCCGGAUGGCUUAAUUUCGCGGUUGGCGGCGGCGACGGGGACCGGCGGAAUGGGCGGCGGACGGCGCGGAAGCCAGGGGGACAUCAGCGGCGCUCCUGCGGCACCUGCAGGCGGCGGCGGGGGUCGGAGAGGACGCGGUCGCGGAAGGGGUGGCGGAAGGGGAGGGCGCGGGAGAGGCGAAGCGCUCGCCGCAGGGUGGGGGAGCGCGGGCGCGCAAGAAGACGACCUGAUGACGUGGCGGGUCAACGACGGGGUGCUGUCGCGCCUUCCGGGGGCCUCGCGGGAAGCGCGCGGGGGUGGCGCGCUGGGUAACGACGCGAUGGUCCGCGCGGCGCACGUGAUCGCGGGGGCACUGGGCAGGAGCGAGGACGCGCUCGCGAAACGUCACAAGCAGGAGACGCGCGAGCGGGAAGCGCGGGAAAAGGCGCGGAAGGCCGAGGCGAAUCAGCUCAAGACUUUCCGCAAUAGCGACCUGGGGUUAAAGAAAGAGAAAGUGAUGCUGCUGAAGCGACAGGUGGAGGCUCAGGAGAGGCUGGUGGCCCUGGAAAAGCGGCGGGAGAAGCGGGAGAAGCAGCAGGUGGCGGCGGUUACGGGGAUGGCGCAAGCGGUGGGGGCGGCUGCUGUGGCCGUGCAUGCUGUCGUGGCUGCUACAGGACAGCUGCCGGGCCUGGUUGGGCUGGAUAUCGAAGAGCUGGUUAAAGCGAGCGUGGAGAAGCUUAAAGCGAGUAUGGUUGUGGAGGAAGAGGAGGAGGAGGCGCUGGUGGGCUUUGGUGGUGGUGUUGGUGGUGGUGGGGGGGAUGGGUUUGCGGAGGCGGAAGAUGGAGAGGAGGGGAAGGACAUGGGUGGGUUUGUUGGAGGGGAGGGGGAGGAAGUGGCGAAGGAGGGAGCGGCGGAUGCGGAUGUGCUGGAAGUGACUGCUGCGCUGGAGGCCGGACAGGGGCAAGAGGGAGUAUCUGUAGGAGGGAAGGGGGAGGGAUUAGAGGGCGGGGAAAUGGUGGGGGCGGAGGGGGAGAAGGUGGAGGGAGAGGGAGCGGAAGAGGCAGGAGCAGGUGAGGAAAGCAAGGAUGGUGCGGGCGAGGGUGUUGCUGUGAGUGAUGGCGCUGAUGAGCUGAACGUGGAAGGAGGAGGAGGGGAUGUGGUGAAGGCCGUGAAGGACGAGCAGGGGGCGGAAGGAGUGAAGGGAGAGAAGCGGGCGGAGGGGAAUAAGGAAGAGGGGGGUGAGGAGAACGAGGGCGAGAAGGUGGUGAAGGAGGGAGAGGGGGAGAAGGAAGAGAAGGUUGCAGAAGGAGAGAAGGAGAAGGACGGAGAGGGACAGAUGGAUGGGCACGAGGAGGGCAGUGCAGGCAAGGACGCCGAUACUAUGGACGUAGACGGUGCACUAGCAGGUGAUGGUGCAAACGCUGCUGCUGCUGCUGAUGCGAAUGCGGCUGCUGUUGUUGCCCCGAGUGCCGAAGCAGGUAGCGGAGCGCAAGGCACAGAGGAACAGCUUUGCAUGGGUGAGAAGGGAGCAGAUGCUGAGGAGGAGGGCGGAGAGAAGGAAGCGGAGGGUGGCGGCAAGCAGGACAAGGGCGAUGAGGCUGUGACUGGGGGUGAUGCUCUGGUAGCCGAGGGCGCUGGGGAGGCUUCUGCUGCUGUGACUGAGGACGAUCAGGGAGGGGGGGAUCAGGGGGUGGAAGAGGGGAGGGAGGGGCAGGGACUGGGGGAGGAUACAGAGGGGGGAGUGAAGCUGGCAGGAGAUGCAGAGAAGGAAGGUGAGGGGGAUGGGGCGGGUGAGGGUGAGGGUGAGGGAACCCAGGUGGAGGGAACAGAGGGAGGGGAUGGUGGUGCUGCUGCAGGGGAAGCAGCUGUUGAGGGGGGCGCAGGAGCAGAAGGGGGCAGUGCUGCAGGGGAGGCUAUGGCAGUGGAUGGUGCAGCGGGGAGUGAGGCUGCUGCAGAGGGUGAGGCAUGAGCUUGAAGGGGGUCAAAUGGCUGCAUGGAGGGUUGUGGGGAAUGGGGAACUGGUGCAAGGGGGGGAUAAUGGGGCUUGGGCUGUCGGUUUGGGAUGGGUGGGAGUGAUUGCCGGGUGAUUGCUUCUGUUUGUUGUAGCAUAGUGUAGCACUGCAACUCAUCCCAAGUUUCAGCGAGUUGUGCCAUGCGCGAGUUGUGCCAUGCGCGAGUUGUGCCAUGCGCGAGUUGUGCCAUGCGCGAGUUGUGCCAUGCGCGAGUUGUGCCAUGCGCGAGUUGUGCCAUGCGCGAGUUGUGCCAUGCGCGAGUUGUGCCAUGCAUGUGCUCUUUGUCUCUUAUUAGGUUUGCACUUGGUUGAUCCCUUGUCUUGAGAAACGCUCUCAUGCUUUUGUAGUUUUCUCCACCAGUUCUGCUCGAGAAUACCCUAACUA